AUGGGAGGUGUUCGUACCAAAACUGUCAAGAAGGCUUCAAGAGUGAUCAUCGAGAAGUACUACACGUACCUUACUCAUGACUUCCACACAAACAAGCGUCUCUGUGAAGAAGUUGCCGUUAUUCCAUCAAAGAGAAUGCGCAACCAAAUUGCUGGGUAAGGAUUCUUUUAUAUUGUUGUUGUUUUAGACACAUUUGUUUUCUUAUUGGAGCAGUUUAUAGUGUUGGGUUAUUCAACUGUAUAUGCUGAAUUUUAUGUUGCUCAUACUGUUUUUAUAACAAUUUUUGAUUUUAGUUUUGUUACCCAUUUGAUGAAGCGUAUUGAGAAGGGUCCAGUCAGAGGAAUCUCCAUCAAGUUGCAAGAGGAAGAGCGUGAACGUCGUGACAACUACAUGCCAGAGGUAUCUGCUGUCGACCCAGAGAGCGUUGGAACUCUUUACAUUGACCAAGACACCAAGAACAUGUUGGAUCGUUUGGUAUGUUUUUUGCUUGUUUAGUUAUUUAAGAUUUGUCGGAUUAUCAGAAUUAGGAACUACAGGGGAACUCCUGUAUAAAGUACUGCAUUGGGUUUUUUAAAUUUUCCUUUAUACAGGAGUUUCACGGUAAAUGUCUUUUCUUGUAUUUUCUCUUAUUUAAACUUUUAAAAUGAUUUAGUUUAUAAAACUUGUCUUAUUUUUUAUGUAGUUUGUAAGGCUUAUUUCUAAAAUUUUUAUUUAUCUACACGUUUUUUCGAAGGCCAAGAAAAAUACCUGUAAUAAGGGUUAGAACCUCUAAAUAUUUAUAUCCUUAGUUUUUUUAGUAAUGUAGAAUAAAAAUUUUGUAUCUUAUCUUUUAUUACUUUAAAAUUUACUUCUUAUUCAAUUGUAACGUAGUUAAAGUACAACUCGUUUUGUUGAUCGAUACUUAUUUGAUUUACUUUCAGAACUUGGCCAUCGCCAACGUUGAAGUCAAGCAGUCCAACCGCCGAGUUUAA